AUGAAAGCCCAUCCAAACGAGAGCCAACUGGUCGGCACGGACAAGCCGGAAAAAGGAGCCACCGCUGGUGACGAUGUGCAGCGCACUUUCGGCUUCUGGGCCAUCAUCGUUGGACUCGGAGUGAUGCUCCUACUCAGCGCGCUGGAGAACUCAGUACUCGUCACGGCGGCACCUGAGAUCCUGGCUGAGCUUCCACUCGGAGACAGCUGGACGUGGAUCACCAAUGCCUUCUUCUUGUGCAGUGCUGCGUUCCAGCCCUUUACCGGCCAGCUCUGCAAUCUGUUCGGCCGGCGAUGGGUGACGAUAGGAAUCAUUGCCGUCUUUCUACUGGGCAGCGGAAUCUGCGGUGGUGCAACCAGCGGCGCCAUGUUGAUCGUGGGACGAGCCGUGCAGGGGAUUGGUUCAGGUGGGAUCAUCAUGGUGUUUGAUAUCAUUGUUUCCGACCUCGUGCCUCUUCGGCACCGUGGCAAUUAUAUUGCAAUUAUCAUGCUAAUUUAUAGCAUUGGAACUACGUUGGGGCCUUUCAUUGGAGGCGCCAUCGUUGAAACCGGCAACUGGCGCUGGGUCUUCUGGAUCAACCUGCCAAUAGGUGGCGCUUCUUUGGUCCUAUUGCUCGUCUUUUUACAAGUCGGUUACCAGAAGCAUGAUGUUGCCUGGACCACUCAGCUGAGGCGUAUCGACUAUAUUGGGAACGGCAUUCUCAUCGCAGGCAGCACAUCUAUCCUUGUUGCUCUGACGUACGCCGGCACACGCUGGUCUUGGUCCUCCUGGCAUACCUUGUUGCCUCUGCUCAUCGGCUUCGUCGCGUUUGGCCUAUUCGUGGCCGUCGAAGCCGGGCCCUGGGCUCCCCAGGAACCUGUCAUGCCCCCGCGCCUGUUCAGCAACCGCACCUCUGCCAUCGUCGCUAUCAACACUUUCCUGAACUCUGCUCUCGUCUAUUGGGGUGUGUUCUUUCUCCCAGUAUUCUUUCAAGCCGUCCAACUAGCAACGCCUCGUCGAGCUGGAGUUUGCCUAAUCCCGUUGUCCCUGUUCGGUAUUCCCAGUGCGGCAGUCGGUGCCUUCGUGCUAGCUCGACUGGGCAAGUACAAGAUGAUCCAUGUGUUCGGCUUCUGCACAUUCUGUCUAGGCAGAGGUCUUUAUACGCUACUGAACGAGACAACACCUGUCUGGGAGUGGGUUUUGUUCCAGCUCGUUGCUGGUAUUGGCGGCGGCAUACUGCUAAACACACUUUUGCCGGCAUUCCAAGCGCCGCUGGACGAGUCAGACCAGGCCGCGGCUACGGCGGCGUGGAAUUUUGUGCGCACAUUGGGAAGCGUCUGGGGCGUGGCAAUACCUGCAGCUGUCUUUGCAAAUUAUAUUGAUGGUGCGGUGGCUGCGGUAUCCGACCCUCGGGCCGCCGAGCUUCUUGCUCAUGGCGGAGCGUAUCAAUAUGCUUCGGCAGCCUUCGUGCGGGAGUUCCCACCUGCGGUGCAGGAUCAAAUUCGCGCAGUCUAUAGUGACGCCAUCAAGCGCGUGUUCGUUGUGAGUUUUGCCUUUAUGGGUCUGGCACUCCUCUUGUCACUCUUUGAGAAGGACGUGCCGCUGCGCACUGUGCUUGAAACCGAGUACGGGAUGAAAAACAGAACCAAAGAUGACAGAUCAAUGGGUCCGGUGGAAAGUAACGAGAAAACCACCUGA